AUUUAAAAAUUUAAAAAAGUUUCCUUUCAUACGAUACCAACCUUUUGACUCUCCUUGCUAUAGUUUUGGAGUUACGAGUCUUUAUUUUUUUUGUGUGUCACUCAGAAAAAAAAAACUCUGAAAAUACCCUCAGGGCUUAAGGGGUUAAUGAAGAAGCAGAAUAAAUGAAUUUGUGAAUUAGCAUCAGUUACUUUACAAUAGACAGACAGAUAUAAAUGCUUAGAUGUGUCAAUAAGUAUAAAAUCAAAUUCAUUAACUGAUAUAUUUUGGAUUUUGGCAGAUCAGCUCCUCACAUAUCACUCACAUCAUCAGUGAAGCUCCUCCCACAUCAGUCACGUAAUCAGUGAAGCUCCUCCCACUGCAAUUCCCCAAUAAAUGCUGGAAUAUUCAUCAGAUGAGCAUCAGAGCAUCAGGAAGAGCUGAAACCUGCAAAGACUGAGUUUAUUAAAGAGGACAGUGAGAACAUGAGUGAUCCAGAACCCUGCAGAAUGAAACACACUGAAGAUACUGAAGAACAAAGAGAUAUGAUUAAAGAGGAGGAGGAAGGUGAAGAAUUGAGUGAAGUGGAGGAGAAACAUCAUGUCAAACCUGGAGAAAAACCUUUGAGUUGCUCAAAGACUAAAAAGACAUUUUUAAAGAAAAAAAGAGACAAGAAAUCUACAACCUGCACUCAGUGUGGAAAGAGUUUCUUAACCAAACAAAGUUUUGAUGUUCACAUGAGAAUCCACACUGGAGAGAGACCGUUCCCAUGUGAUCAAUGUGGAAAGAGUUUCACAAGCAAACGUAAUCUUGAGCGUCACAUGAGGAUCCACACUGGAGAGAAGCCGUUCACAUGUGAUCAAUGUGGAAAGAGCUUCACACAAAAAGGAAAUCUUAAGAAACACAUGAGGAUCCACACUGGAGAGAAGCCGUAUGUAUGCAGUCAAUGUGGAAACAGUUUCAAAAACAAACAUAGUCUUGAUGUUCACAUGACGAUCCACACUGGAGAGAAGCCGAUCACAUGUGAUCAGUGUGGGAAAGGUUUCACAAACAAUCAUAAUCCUGAGAUUCACAUGAGGAUCCACACUGGAGAGAAGCCGUUCAUAUGUGAUCAAUGUGGCAAAAAAAAUCUUAGUGCAUCAGACCUGAAGAAACAUCUGACAGUUCAUACGAAGGAGACACAUCAGAAAAUACAUACUGGUGUGAUAGAGUUCAUGUGCUUUGAGUGUGAGAAGAUUUUUAUUUCAGUGAGCAAUUUAAAACGGCACCAGAGAAUUCACACUGGAGAAAAACCUUACAAGUGUUCACAAUGUGACAAGAGAUUCAUUUAUUCAGCACAUCUGAAAAGACAUGGGAGGAUCCACACUGGAGAAAAACCUUACAAGUGUUCACACUGUGACAAGAGAUUCAGUGUGUCAGCAUCUCUGAAAACACAUGAGAGGAUCCACACUGGAGAAAAACCUUACAAGUGUUCAUACUGUGACAAGAGAUUCAGUGAUUCAUCACAUCUGAAAAGACACGAGAGAAUUCACAGUGGAGAAAAACAUUACAAGUGUUCAUACUGUGACAAGAUGUUCAAUCGUACAACAAAUCUGAAAAGACAUGAGAGAAUCCACAGCAGAGAGAAGCUGCACACAUGUGUAAGACUGGAUAAACUGGAAGAUAGGGCUACUCUCUGAGAAAACAAAGGAAAUUAACCUUUUAACUCCCUGAUUAUAUUAAAUUAUUAUCCCCACAAGACGGUUUAAUGUGGACAAUUAUCAUACAACACUAUACAUGUUUGGUAUAUUCCCACAAAGGCAAUAAAGGUUUUAAGAGUUUAGAGAUAUUUUGCUUUAGAGAUAUUAUUUGGGUCCUCUGCCAAUUGGUCUUUCAUGCAAAUUGUUCCCUUGUUCCCCAUAGGUGUAAACUACCCAAGUCUGGGACCUUGAUUAAUGCAAAUUCCCAUCAUUAGCUCAUGAUUCCAUUUCAAAGUUUCUGUCUUGGUCAGAGAUGUUUGAGGAGACUCAAGGUGUGAAUCUGUGGCCAGAUCAGCCUGUAACGCUGAGUGUCCUCCAGACAUUCAUUAUGUAUUUUCCAAAUGUCAGGUAUGCAUAUUUUACUCUCAUUUCUGUGCAUUUGAUGUUUUGUAUUGAUCAUUUUUAAUUGAUAUUGUAAUUGGCAUGACUAACAAUAAAUUGUUACAUUUGCAUUUAUUCUGACUUAUUUAUAUAUUAUUGACUCUAGUAGAUUAGAUUGCAUCCAUUGUUACUGCAAAUCAGUGUCAGGUUUAUGGUGGUCAGGAUGGCUUUAGUCCCUCUAACAUCAUCCAGAGGUGGCUAUAGCCUUUGACCAGAGUCCAGUGAUGGCUCCAGACUCCACUCCUGUCCCCGAGUCAGCUCCAGACUCCGCUCCCAUCCCCAAGUCAGCUCCAAACUCCGCUCCAGUCCACGAGCCCGCUUCAGAAUCCGCUCCAGCCCAGGGAUGCGCAGAUCCUCCUAAAGAAAUUUUUGUAGUGGCCAAGGCCAUGGAGGCCUCACUGCCAUGGCAUCCUGAAGCUCCCAACCCAUUAGGUCUCCAGGGCGCCCACCCUCCCUCGGGAGGGGGGGUACUGUCACAGUCUCCGUCUGUCCUGAGGCAUUUCUCAAAACCAAGUUCGCAAAGUUCGGACUUGCGUCCUUGGUAGUAUAGACUUGGCAAGUUCGACUCAAGAGAACGAACUCCCGUGGACGGGAGAACACAAGUCCGGUGAUUCUGCAA